AUGGCGGCCAGGCCGGGCCUAGGCCUGGGCCUGGUGUUAGGGUUGGGUUUGGGGUUGGGGUCGCUGCUGGCGGCCGCCACCGAGCCCCGUGUCUACCUGGGCAGCUGGGCCGUGAGGGUGGCAGCCGGGCACCAGGAGGCUGCCAGGCUGGCUCGCCGCCAUGGGCUGCUCUGCCUCGGCCAGGUGCUGGAGGGAGAGCCCUACUACCACUUCAGGCACCGCGGCACCAGGCAGAAGUCCUUAAGCAGGCACUGGGGCUGGAACCUGCGCCUGAGCAGGGAGCCGAAGGUUCUCUGGUUUGAGCAGCAAACAGCGAAGAGGCGCGCGAAGAGAAGCGGCAGCGUGGUGCCGACGGACCCCUGGUUCCCCAAGCAGUGGUACAUGAAUAAUGACAUCAACCCCGAUCUGAACGUCCUGGCUGCCUGGAGCAAGGGCUACACCGGGCUGGGGGUUGUGCUGUCCAUCCUGGACGAUGGCAUCGAGAAGGAUCAUCCCGACCUGUCCGCCAACUACGAUCCCCUCGCGAGUUACGACUUCAACAGCAAUGACCCCGACCCCCAGCCCAGGUACAACGCCUGGGACGAGAACCGGUGAGUUUCCUCCUCAGGCUGCACUGGGACGCGCUGCGCAGGAGAGGUGGCGGCGGUGGCCAACAACCAGAUCUGCGGCGCGGGCAUUGCGUACAACGCGAAAAUUGGAGGCGUGCGGAUGCUGGACGGUCCCAUCAUGGACAUCGUGGAGGCUCAGUCCCUCGGCCUGCGCCCGCAGCACAUCCACAUCUACAGCGCCAGCUGGGGUCCCACAGACGAUGGGAGGACCGUGGACGGGCCGGGCGUGCUGGCUGCGGAAGCCUUUUACAGAGGGGUGACAAAAGGGCGCGGGGGCCUUGGCUCCAUCUUCAUCUGGGCCUCGGGCAACGGCGGCACCAACUACGACAACUGCAACUGCGACGGGUACGCCAACAGCAUCUACACCCUGGCGGUGGGCAGCGUCUUGGCCAGCGGCCAGCGGCCCUGGUACAGCGAAGCCUGCUCCUCCACCCUCACCACCACCUACAGCAGCAGCACCAGGAGCGAGCUGCAGAUUGUGACCACCGACCUGCGCCACCGCUGCACCGCCAAGCACGCGGGCACCUCCGCCUCGGCCCCGCUGGCUGCAGGAAUGGUCGCCCUCGCUCUGGAGGCCAACCCGGCGCUGAGCUGGCGGGACGUGCAGCACCUGGUGGUCAGAGCCUCCAAACCUGCCCACCUGCAGGCAGAAGACUGGGCUGUGAAUGGGGUCGGACGCAAGGUGAGCCACCACUACGGCUACGGGCUGCUGGAUGCGGGGCUGCUGGUGGAGCUGGCCAAGGCGUGGGCAGGGACUCGGCCCCAGCGGAGGUGCUCGCUCAGAGCUCUUCGUGCCCCCCGGAACAUCGGCUCCAAGCUCACCGUCUCCGUGGACGCCUCCUCCUGCUCGGGGAGGACCAAGCGCAUCCGCUCGCUGGAGCACGUCCAGGUCCAGCUCUCCCUGAGCUACAGCCGCAGGGGGGACCUGGUGCUCGCCCUGAGCAGCCCCAUGGGGACCACGUCCACGCUGGUGACCGUGCGCCCGUACGACACCAGCCAGCAGGGCUACAAGGACUGGACCUUCAUGUCCACGCACUUCUGGGAUGAGGACCCCAACGGGACCUGGACGCUGCUGCUGGAGAACAAGGGCGAUGCCUACAACACAGGCGUGCUGAGCAGCUUCACCCUGCACCUACACGGCACAGACGAGGACAUGACAGCCAGGCGCUUCGCAGCCCCCCCCACGGACGAGUGCCUCAAGCGGGACGCGCAGGGGGCGUGCGAGGAGUGCAGCAGCUCCCUCUACGCCUACCAACAUCGGUGCCUGCCCUACUGCCCCCCACGCUCCUACAGCCAGACCCGGGGAGCCCCCUCCUCAAGUGCAUCCCGGGUGUGCUCCAGCUGCCACCCCUCCUGCUACACGUGCCGGGGCGCCUCGGCCAACGACUGCACCGCGUGCCCCCCUGCCCGCGUCUUCCAUGAGCUCUCCCACUCCUGCCCCCCUCUGCUGGGCUUCUCCCCGGAGGAUGGGCAGCACGGGGACCUCCUCCCAGUCCUCCUGGUCUGUGGGGUUCUGAUCCUCUCGGCCAUCCUCUGCGCCACGUACCGCAAGGUCGUGCAGGGUGGCUGGCCCUACAGGUAGCACCUGCUGGCCCCAGGCUGCAGGGACAGAAGGACACCAGCCCGGGAUGGAGCUGUCCUCGCUCCCCUUCCGAAUAAAU